CUUUUUACAAGUUCCCAAAAAAACAAGCUUGUGAUUGAAACUUUGUGUGCAAAAAAUACAUAUACACAAAUUUUAUAAAUUCGUAAGAAACAAUUUAAGUAUGGAUGAAAUUAUCCAGCCAGUUUAUAUAUUAUUUACUUGGGAAAAUGUAUGGACUGAUUGUAAACGGAUCGCUAUAAAAGCUCUUAGUCUUUUGUGGCAUGUCUUGUACGCUAUUAAAAUAUCAACAGUGUUUGCAUUGACUAUCAUCGAGGCUUUCAUUGAAUAUCUUGAUGGCUCUUAUGACAAUUCUGCUGAAAAUGACAAUUCUGCUGAAAAUGAUAUUUCUUAUUUGGAAGCGUACGUGGAAACAGAAUUACAUACCCCAGUUGAGUCAAAAGAAAAUGAAAAAUUACCCCAUAAACCUGAACAACAGAAUAAUUCAAUAUCACUGGAUAGAACUAAUGACGACGAUAAUACUUCUAGUGCUAAUAAUUCGUCGGUGGUUAAUUUGGACGAAAAAAAGACACCUCCUGUUCCACAUAAACAAAAUAAUGAUUUUCUUCUAGACAAAAAAAUGAAAAAUGUAUCAGACGAGAAAGCUCUUGCAUUAUCCAUAAAUCACAAUAGUAAUGUAAAGCAACAUCUUUCAACUCGGGAUGAGAAUAAAACAAAAAUAUUGACUUUAAAAAAUCUACCUUAUUUUCACAUGAUGAUAAACCAUAUAUAUCUUCUUAGAGUGGUUUACACUACCAAAGAUUGUAUUUUAAUGUUAAACGUAAAGAAAGAAAAAGCGAUUAGAUCACUUCAAGAACACAUUAAUACUCACUACAUUUACAGUGUAGAGAGCAGUUAUAUCCCACAGGAAAAUGAACUCUGUGUUGUUAAAUAUAGUGAUGGAAAAUGGUAUAGAGGUGUUUGCAAUUCCAUUUACAAAGGCUAUGAUGGGAAACAGACUUUUUUGAUUACGUUACUUGAUUGGGGUAAUCAAGUUAUUACAAAAAUAUGUGACAUACGUAAAAUAGAGGAAAGUUUCCUACAAGAGAAUCCUUUGGUAAUCAAAUGCACUCUUAAAGAUUUCAUUAUGUCUGAAGUACACGUACGGAAUGCACGGAAACUUAUCAAUAAAGUUUUUUAUUGCAAUUGUCUAGCAAGACUUGGACCGUUAAGUUAUGUAAUAUAUUCAAGGGAAAUUAUAAGCGCAUUAAAUGCGUAGAUAAAUUAAUCGUAAACCGUUGAUACUAAAACUUUUUUUUCAAUUGGUUUAAAUUUUUCUUUUUUUAUUCUUGGAAAUAUUUCUAAAUAUUUUGUUAUAUUUAUUCUUAAUUUUUUUCUUUUGAUUUUGUACUUUUAUUAUUAGAGCAUUCGCUUAAACCAUCAUUUACAAAUUUUAGACUACUAUUUAUACACGUUUUGUUUUUAAUAUAUGAUUAUAU